GAUGGGGUUGAGUGGUAGUAUUAAUACCAGAGUAGAAUAUCAAACACAUUUGGUCACAGCAUACUCCACUCUCUCUACCUCAGAGACUUAUUAAGAUGAAGCCCAAGACUUGCGAGCUUUGUCAUCAACUAGCUUCUCUCUAUUGUCCCUCCGAUUCCGCAUUUCUCUGCUUCCACUGCGACGCCGCCGUCCACGCCGCCAACUUCCUCGUAGCUCGCCACCUCCGCCGCCUCCUCUGCUCCAAAUGCAACCGUUUCGCCGCAAUUCACAUCUCCGGUGCUAUAUCCCGCCACCUCUCCUCCACCUGCACCUCUUGCUCCCUGGAGAUUCCUUCCGCCGACUCCGAUUCUCUCCCUUCCUCUUCUACCUGCGUCUCCAGUUCCGAGUCUUGCUCUACGAAUCAGAUUAAGGCGGAGAAGAAGAGGAGGAGGAGGAGGAGGAGUUUCUCGAGUUCCUCCGUGACCGACGACGCAUCUCCGGCGGCGAAGAAGCGGCGGAGAAAUGGCGGAUCGGUGGCGGAGGUGUUUGAGAAAUGGAGCAGAGAGAUAGGGUUAGGGUUAGGGGUGAACGGAAAUCGCGUGGCGUCGAACGCUCUGAGUGUGUGCCUCGGAAAGUGGAGGUCGCUUCCGUUCAGGGUGGCUGCUGCGACGUCGUUUUGGUUGGGGCUGAGAUUUUGUGGGGACAGAGGCCUCGCCACGUGUCAGAAUCUGGCGAGGUUGGAAGCAAUAUCUGGAGUGCCAGCAAAGCUGAUUCUGGGCGCACAUGCCAACCUGGCACGUGUCUUCACGCACCGCCGCGAAAUGCAGGAAGGAUGGGGCGAGUCCUAGCUGAUGAUAGCUAUAGCAAUGCAUUGUAAUGUAUGUGUAAUCCAAAUGUGUGGAUUUCAAUUUGAGUUUAGUUUCCUUUGCUUUUCUUUUCUUUUUGUAUCUACGAAUGGUUGUUGAUUAAUGUGUAGCAAUUGGAUCAACAAAUUCGAAUAUAAAUGAAAAACUAGCCAGCCAAGCAACUCAUUCUAAAUGUGCUUAAUAGACAAGGUUUUAGUAGUAA